GGCCAGCGAGUUGUUAAUUCUAUCUGAAGUAAAGGCGGCAUGGUUAGCAGAUGAUUGGGAUCACGCGCACGCGACGCACCGUCUCACGGUCACCGCCCGAGGAAAAACAGCGGCGCCCGGCGUCCACCGGUUCGCCCGUCCGAGGAAGGAAGCUGCGCCGACGGCCGCCGUCACGUUCCACCCCCGAGGAAUUCACUCGCGCGGCUCCUCUACUUAAGCGCGCGUCGCACACGACCUCUCACCUCACCUCCUCUGCCACCCCAGCACCAUCUUUCUUCAUAAGUUUCUAGUACCGCCGAGCUCCACAUCAGCGCUAUCCUCUAUCUACUCACUAAACAGCGUACAUCAUGUGUGGCGGCGCGAUCAUCUCCGACUUCACCCCGGAGCGCGACCACCGCGGCGGCAGCAAGCGGGGCCUCUGCACCGCUGACUUCUGGCCGCAUGCCGCCGCGUUCGACGACCCUACCGACCACCACGACUUCUACCCCGACGAGCUGACCGGCGCCCGCUCGUUCCCUCCCCAGCACCGAGCGGCAGAGGAGGAGCCGAGCAGGAAGCGGGAGCGCAAGACGAUGUACCGCGGCAUCCGGCGGCGACCGUGGGGCAAGUGGGCGGCGGAGAUCCGCGACCCGGCCAAGGGCGCGCGCGUCUGGCUCGGCACCUUCGCCACCCCCGAGGGCGCCGCGCGCGCCUACGACCGCGCCGCCCGCCGCAUCCGCGGGACCAAGGCCAAGGUCAACUUCCCCAACGAGGACCCGCCCCUCGACCUCGACGACUACGACGUUGCCAACGGCGGCUACAACGUCGCCGGCUUCUUCCACCAGCCGUCCUACAUGGCCGAAGCCACCGCGCCGGUGCCGGAGGCGGCGUACGCUCACCAGCUGCCGCAUCAUGACGAGCCCGGGAUGGAGCUCUGGAACUUUGACAACAUCAACACCCAAGUGCCUAUGUGAUAGAUAGUAACUGGUCUCUUCUGCUUGCAUGUAAUAUUGCCUUUACCUACUUAUUAUUAAGCUUCUGAUGAAUUAUGAUUUGUUUUUGACGGCCACUGUCAUCGGAUCUGAUGCCAGCCAUCCUCGUGGCCAAUUUAGUGAGAAUCGCCAAAAAUCGUCUAACGGAUACUGAAAAUGUUACAUUUGAAAAGUAGAACAUCGCAAUAAUGAGCA